GCCUGAUUGGAGCAUUCAGGACACCAAUCAGCUCACAGCUCGCGCCUGAUUGGUCCAUCCUGUGACUGGGCGCACCUGCCCCUGGCCCGCGGUGCUGCCCAGGGCGACAGCCCCCCUGGGGGUCUGGGACAAAGUGGCCUCCUGUAGGCCGUGAGGUCCGACACCCAAGGAGGGGCGCUGGCCGCCCCCAGGGAGCCGAGCACCGAGGCCCAGAGCCUGCGCCCACCAUCUGGCCCCCUGAGCUCUGCGCUGCACCCCGCACCCCUGAGCAGCAGACCAGCAGAGGCCCUGGGCUGACGGCCCGAGGGUCAAAUCCCGGGCGUGGACAUGGGGUGCGGGGCCUCCAGGGCCCGCCCAAGCACGUGUGGCGCCCCGGCAGGCUCGCCAUGAAUUCGGGGUCCAUGGCCGGCACAGAGCGAAGCCUGUGGGACACUGCGGCAGCACAAGGGGAGGGCGCCCCGGGCACAGUGGGCCAGGCGGGGUGGGGCGGCCCUGCCCCACCUGUCCGACACGCCCAGGGAGCCAUAAAGCCCGGCGCCCCGGCACGAGCGUCUGCUGGCGCUGCGCGGUGCACGGCUGCGGGCCCCCGCCUCCCUGCUGCCCUGCUGCACGGACCUGGACCCCGACAUGGGGAGGCUUCUCCUGCUGACCGGCUUGGCGGUGGCGCUGCUGCUGGACGCAUCCGCAGCUGCACCCCAGGGCCACGUCCGGGCUGGCGGCGGCCUGCUGCCCCCCGAGGAUGGCAGCCCGCUCCUGCAGCUGCUUCCGGGGCUGAAGCUCCUGGCCGCCCACCAGGAAGGGCAGGAAGGUGCCGGCGCCCUGCAGGCGGCUGAGGACGUGCUGGGUCACCUCCGGAGCCCCAUGCCGGGCCCCGAGCCCGACCGCGACCACCAGUACCACCCCUCGUUCCAGGGGGCCCUGGAGCAGGAGCAGCCCCCGCCUCGGGCGCUGCUGGUGCGGCAGGUGCUCCGGGGGCCAGAGCCCGACCGGGACCACAUCCACCACGCGGCCGGGGGCGCCCUGCCCUCCCAGGGGGCCCAAUAAACCCUGCCACGCA